AUGACUAGGAAACAAUUACUACGCAGAGAGUUGGAUGCUCUUUCAACAACUUACAACGUUUGCGAUUUACCCUCCAAAAAACCACAAGAUUACGUUCGGUUACUUUCAUCAUGCAAGGACUUCAAGUCUCUUCUUCAAAUUCAUGCCCAUUUAAUAGUUUCAGCUCUCUUACAACACACUUCCAUGAGUACCCAUCUCAUAAAUUCUUACUCUUUCUUUCAAAAAUCCCAUUUUGCUCGUUUAGUUUUCGAUUCUACACCAAACCCAUGUGUUGUUUUAUUCAAUUCUAUUAUAAGAGCUUACACAAGAGCAAACCAACACAAAGAAGCUUUAAAAAUGUACCGUUUGAUGAUACAACAAGGACUAGAGCCUAAUAAAUAUACUUUCAUUUUUGUUUUAAAAGCUUGUACUGGUCUUUUAGAUUUACAAGAGGGUGUUUCUCUUCAUAAUGAGAUUGUUAAUAAGGGACUAGAACAUGAUGUGUUUGUAGCUACUGGUCUUGUUGAUAUGUAUAGUAAAAUGGGUAAUUUAAGGUUGUCGAGAGAAGUGUUUGAUAAAAUGCCUGAGAGAGAUGUUGUGGCUUGGAAUGCAAUAAUUGCUGGCUUGUCACAAAGUUCUGAUCCUUAUGAGGCAUUGGGGUUCUUUAGAAGUAUGCAGUUUAGUGGUGUGGAGCUUGAUCUAGUGAGUUUGUUGAACUUAGUUCCCGCUGUUUCGAAGUUGGGUGAUCUUUGUUCUUGUUGGUCUAUUCAUGGUUAUGUUAUUAGGAGAGGUUCGGAUAAGAUUUUUUCUAAUGGUUUGAUUGAUAUGUAUAGUAAAUGUGGAGAUGCAAAUGCUGCUAGAUGUAUUUUUAAUCAAAUGCAGGUUAAGGAUAGUGUUUCUUGGGGAACAAUGAUGGCAGGGUAUGCCCAUAAUGGAUACUUUGUUGAUGUUAUGGAAGUGUUUGAUCGCAUGAAAAUAGAUAAUCUUAUAAUGAAUAAGGCCUCUGCUGCAGCUGCUCUUUUGGCUGCUGGGGAGAUGAGAGAUUUAGAGAAAGGGAAGCAGAUUCAUGAUUGUGUUAUGAAGCAGAAGUUUGACAUUGAUGUUGCUACUUCCAUAAUGAGCAUGUAUGCAAAGUGUGGAGAACUGGAGGAGGCUAAGAAAUUGUUUGAGGAACUUCAAGAAAGAGAUUUAGUUGCUUGGUCUGCUAUUAUAGCUGCUUUUGUCCAAUCAGGCUAUCCUGAAGAGGCACUAUCUCUAUUCCGAGAUAUGCAAAACAAUAGUGUGAGACCGAAUAGUAUAACUUUGAUGAGUAUUCUUCCAGCUUGUGGAGAAGUAUUUCAUCUGAGAUUAGGAAAGAGCUUACACUGCUAUGCUGUCAAGGCUAAUUUUGAUUCCCACAUUUCAACAGGAACUUCCCUUGUUUCUAUGUAUGCUAAGUGUGGAUUUAUGAGGCCAGCAUUGAUUAUAUUCAACAGAAUGCCAUUUAAAGAUGUUGUUACGUGGAAUGCUUUGAUAAAUGGAUAUACACAUAUUGGUGACCCUUGCUAUGCAAUUGAGAUAUUCCAUGAAUUAGAAUUAUCUGAUAUAAAUCCAGACCCAGGAACCAUGGUGGGUUUGCUUUCAGCUUGUGUCCUCUUAAAUGACCAGGGCCUAGGCUCCAGCAUCCACGGGAAAAUCAUGAAGUAUGGAAUUGGAUCCGACAGUCAUGCCAUGAAUGCUCUCCUAGACAUGUAUGCUAAAUGUGGAAACCUUUCCUCAGCCAAGAUCUUGUUUUAUAGAGCUGAUUUUCCAAAGGGUGAAGUAUCAUGGAAUAUAUUGUUGGANGGAUACUUGCAAAAUGGAAAUGCCAAAGAAUCGAUUUCUGCUUUUAAUCACAUGAGAUCAGAGAACUGGCAGCCUAAUGUGGUAACAAUUGUGAGUGUCCUCCCUGCAACAGCGUAUUUGGCAGCCCUAAAAGAAGGAAUGGCAAUUCAUGCCUGUAUAAUCCGAAUGGGAUUUCAAUCUAAUACACUUGUUGGAAAUAGUCUCAUUGAUAUGUAUGCAAAAUGUGGGAGGCUCAACUAUGCAGAGAAAUGUUUUAAUGAGAUGGGAAAUAAAGACACUGUUUCAUGGAAUGCAAUGCUUGCAGGGUAUGCAGUACAUGGGCAAGGGAGUCAUGCCAUUGCUCUUUUUUCACGAAUGCAAGAGAGACAUUUCAAGGUUGAUUCUGUGUCAUUUCUCAAUGUUUUGUCUGCUUGUAGACAUUCAGGAUUAGUAGAAGAAGGGCGUCAAUUAUUUGAUUCCAUGUGCAAAACCCAUCACAUUGCACCUGAUUUGGAACACUAUGCUUGCAUGGUGGAUCUCUUAGGUCGUGCUGGUUUAUUCGAUGAAGCUUUGGAUUUUAUAAGCAAAAUGCCAAUAAAAACAGAUGCUGGAGUUUGGGGAGCCUUACUUAGUGCAUGUAGAAUGCAUACUAAUGUGCAGUUGGGAGAAAUUGUAUUGAAUCAUCUUGUUCAGCUUGAACCUGAAAAUCCUACUCAUUAUGUCGUCUUAACAAGUAUGUAUGCUCAAUCUGGAAGGUGGGAUGAUGCAAGCAACACAAAAUCAAAGAUGAUUGAAAGAGGGCUGACAAAAACUCCAGGUUGUAGUUGGGUGGAGAUAAAAAAUCAAAUUCAUGCUUUCUGCGCAGGCGACCAGAGCCACCCACAGUUUGAAAAAAUGCGCCUUUUAUGGAGCAUAUUACUUGAGAAGAUGGAGAAAAUCGGAUAUGUUCCUGAUACAAGCUGUGUUUUGCAAAAUGUGGAGGAAGAGGACAAAGAAUUGUUCCUUUACAAUCACAGUGAGAGGCUAGCCAUAACUUUUGCUCUACUAAAUGCAGAACCUGGAUCAACCAUCCAGAUAGUAAAGAAUCUCCGAGCUUGCAGAGAUUGCCAUACAACCACAAAGUUCAUUACGAAAAUCACUGGAUGCAAAAUCAUUGUUAGAGAUACAACUCGUUUUCAUCAAUUUGAGGAUGGAAUCUGCUCAUGCAACGAUUACUGGUGAUCUUGUACUUGUUUAGAGUUGGAAAUGGAAAUGUACCAUCAUUGUAUAGCUUAAAAGCUAACAGCAUCAUACCUGAGAAGACUU